UCAGGGUUUAUUGUAUUACACUGACCUACCGCACUCUAGGGGGCGGUGUGGUGCUACAAACGUCUUCCUGUUGACGUCGCUAACCGGAAGUCCGUGGGUAGAACUCUCUAGAAAAACUCGUCUCGUAAAACUCGUCUCGUAAAACCAUUCUCAGCAAUGGUGAAGAUUUUUGUGGGGAACCUACCCCGAGAAGCCACCGAGGAUGAGAUCAAGGACCUCUUUGCUGAGUAUGGCAAGGUCACUGAGUGCGCCAUUAUUAAAAACUUCGCCUUUGUCCACAUGGAUGACCGUAAGGCCGCCACCAAAGCCAUCAGGAGCCUUCAUCUGCACAAGCUCCACGGCACGCCUAUCAACGUGGAGGCCAGUCACGGGAAGAAUCAGGGCCCGGUCAAACUCCAUGUAGCCAACGUUGAUAAGGGCUCUGAUGACGAGCUCCGAGCUCUGUUUGAAGAGUACGGUACGGUCACAGAGUGUGCUAUUGUCAAAAAUUUUGCUUUUGUGCACAUGCCCAACUAUGAUGAGGCCAUGGAUGCUAUUAAAGGACUUGAUAACUCAGAGUUUCAAGACAAACGCAUCCAUGUUCAGGUUUCCAAGAGCCGACCUAGAUAUGAUGAAUGUGAAGAGUACCCACCUCCUCCCCCAGACAGGGGGGGCUACUGGCCUCCACGCUACCCAGGAGAGCGCCCUGAGCCUCCCCCCCCCAGUUACAUGAGGGCCCGGCCUAUGCCUCCGGGUUACCCAGCUCCUCCUCUGCCGCCCCCUCCCCCCAGGCGGGCUGUUUAUCCAGAGCGUCCCUAUGAGAGUGACAGGGAGAGAUACAGUGUGGUAGAUUACUAUGAGAAGUACAGAGCCCGUCCAUAUGCCAUCUCUCCUUAUGAAGAGCAUCGUGCUAUUCCCCCACCUCCUCCGCCUCCGCCCUCAUCUGUGGUUCGAGACCGCCUCAUGAGCUCAGCGCUUGAUCCAUAUGAGCGUCGGCCCCUCCCUCCUCCCCCUCCGCCUCCCCCCUCAUCGUACUACGCCCGAGAUCGCAGCCCAAUCAGGAGGGCACCUAGCACACCGUUACCCCCUCCACCCAGUAACGGCUAUACCUACGAGCGCUCUCCAUACGCAGUUCCACGUGCAAGGGACCCCUACGCAGACAGGCUGCCUCCGCCGCCGCCUGCACGCUACGCUUACUAAGCAAGACGUCAGCAUAUUAAAGGAUUGUUGUUCGACUGCGUCGCUGCUUCCUGAUUCACGUGACUUUAUCCUCCUGUCUGCGGCUGAGCGCGUUGCGUUCCUCUGCGACACUCAAAAGGAACUGAAAUCUUUACGUCAAUGGCUGUUUGUUUGGUUUUUAGUGUUUAGAACAAUUUUGUUUUUCCAUCUUCUGACUGUUUUAGUGUUGAAUUGUACUGUAGAAUUUUUACUGGUAAAUGUCUGAAUGGGGCGUCUUAUUUAAACCAUUUCGAUUAAGCGUAAUGUGUGUGACAUUAGAAAGCUAAAUAACCUCAGCAUUCCUUUGAAGGCGAUUUCAGUUUACUCUCCAAUCUGCACGUUGGAUUAAUCAUGUGAAUGUUUUCCAUAAAAAUUUAAACCUCUGUGGCGUUUGCUGUGAAACGUACAUCAAUAAAAUGUCUGAGCUGGUAGCACUGGUCAUUUAACCUCGCAGUGAAUACUGUGCGUUUGCAAAGUCUGUUAAAUUUUAAUUUAGCAUAAAACAUUUGAUUAGUAAAAGUGAUCACGAUGCCCACUGCGCAACACCUCCCAUCUCUGUAACCGUCUGUAAUUAUUUACUGUUUUAACAUUCUGUUGCUUAAUGGAAAAGUGACAAAUCACAACCUUGUAAAAGCGUCACGUUGAUUAAAAGACGUCUUUUGUCGGACCUUAAGAUCAGUUUUUAUCACCCAUUAGCGUACCACCCGACUCUAUCCACUCAAUUUAAAUAAAGUCAACUCAAACUUCACAUUUCCAGUGUGCCCAAAAUAUUUCCGGGCCAAAUCCUUGCUUGACCUGGGGGCGAGGAUUGAUAUCCAAAGGCUGCGGGAGAGCUUCACAGUCAGCAGGUGAGUCAAGGGAUCACUGAGACCAGUAAGAUGUUAUGUUUGUGUUUUUACUGCUUCUGCAGGUUAUCAAUUUCAAGGCACGGGUUUGUAGUAAUUAAACGUUUCUCUGAAUUAUGAGGCUGUACAAUUUUAGAGUUUGUACUAUUAUGUAUGACUUCACAGAUGGGUGACAAAAAAACUGAGGCAUAGAUGGCUUAUUCUAAACAUGUCCAUUCCAUGCAGUUAAUACCAGUAUAGAGGAUCAGACAUUGACUAUGUAAGAAUCACCUGGGACCUUGUUUAAAGGCACGGUGUACAGAAAAAACUGUCAAUGUACAAAACUAAACACAUUCCCGUCAUGCAUACCAGUCAGCUGAUUGCGUGGUGGAAUAGCAGGCGCCUCUCUUGACAUGCCCCUGUUCUAUUAUGAAACGUUGGUACGUGUCUAGUCAAUAGUCCCAGUUAGGUACGGGGGAAAAUUGUUGGUAUUGGAUCAAUCAAGCUUUCAUGUAAGUAAAUCUGUGUCACGUGACUGGCCUGGAUUGAGACAGCGUUUGGUUCCAAUAAGUUUGCCAGCUCUCUCUGUAAUGCUUCUGUUUCAGAGAACCUCAUCAUCUGUAUGGGUAGGAGCAGUGCCAUGGCUCUUAACUGCGUCACAAUCCAGGACUGGCACAGCUGAGAAUGGUUCCUACAAGACGGACCUUCAUUUUGGGCCAGAAAAUCCUCUUGUUCUCUAAAUGCACUCUCCUAACGUCCUUUUAAUAAGUUAUUUUAUACACCACUUUGCUCAUUCUUUCCUCCUGUGGUAAUGGCAUAUAUAAUUAAAAACAUGUCAUUGGAUAUUGAUACUCCAUCACAAACUUUAAGCAUUCAGAGGGAAUAGUCCAGUUUGGAUGUAAAGUAGUAUACAAGACCAACAAUAACUGCAAAUUAUCGGCUUUGCAUCAAGCUGGUACAUCUGGUAGGGCACCAGAGGACAUAAAUUAGUGGUAUCACCACAGUAGCCAUGGUACCAUCAGGUUGCUUAAGUGUCCAGCAGUAAAAUUAAUGGAUUAAGAUCACCAGCCCCAUUAGGUACCUUAUUGCCACAUAAAGCAUUACUAGGACUUUGGAGUUGGUUGGAGUUGCAUCUGUGUUUUUUAUGAGGCUGUCAUGGAUUUGUCUGGUUGUGUGUACUCUACAAAAUAUGUUACAGUCCGUUUUAGGGCCCUCAUACAAGUUUGUUGCAACAUUAGACCACGCGACCUGGUGCAUGCCAACUCUGGUAAUCCUAGCUAAUGCAUUUACCAGGCUCCACCCUCUGGUUGGUAAGUUUUACUCUGUUAUGACCAAUUUUUGGUUGUUCCUGGAACUUCCUGAUCUGCCUUCACAUAUGAGUUCACAACUUAUUUCGUUUUGUACCUGUUGUAGAUGCUCCAUCUUCUCAUAUCUACUCAUCUGCAAACCCAUAGCUGGUCCGUUUAAAUCAUGAUAGUACCGGACCGGUCCUUCUGUAUGUGUAACAAUUACUUUGUCUGGGUUUUAAAUGAGAUGAGACAAUCCAUAUCUUGGUUACUAGACAUUAGCUCAGUUGCUCACUAAUGGGAAACUAAUUCUGAAAUUUGAGAAAACGUAGUUUACACCAUGCUUAUGACCUUUGUUUUGAUGCUAAAAUGCAUUGGAACCAGUCUUUUACAAAUACCAAAUUGGUCUGAUUUAGUUUUGUCAUCCAUCUGUAAAGUGACAUUGUUUGAAAAGUAUUUUCAAUCAAUGAAAUAACAUCCUGUGUUCAGGGUACAAUAAAGAAAAAUAUUGAAAAAAUCUUUAAGAUUUAUUUCGUUGUGCCUAAUAUUUUCUUCCAGUUAGCAUGACUUAAGGUCAAUCUGUAUUUGCAUUUGUAAAGAUAAAACAUUUUGUUUAGCCUGUGUUGAUGUCAUUUUUGGCAGUGGUAAAAAAUUGAUCUUUCUAAAAUGUACAGUGAUUGAUUUGAGUUUUUGUCCUUUUUCUGACCUACAUCAUUAAAAAUGUUUUACCCAUUGA